GCAAGAAGAACAAGCAUGUAUACUUUGUUUUUGUUUUUCCUUUUAUAAAUUUUUAGAACCAUUCACAAACUCAAUUAACUUUUGUUCACAAAAGUGAUUACACAUUUAAGUCAGCAGGUGUUAUAGUGAAAAUUUCCAAUCAAGUUUAUUUAAUAACACCUUUUAAAUCAUAUGUCACAACUCUAAUACUUUAACCAGGAGGUGAAAAUAAAGAAUUGCGAAAGUCGGCAGCGGAUGUGCGCUUGGUAUGGAUUGUAUGCAUUGAAAAUGGAUCCAUAUUCUAGGAGUAUUAUUUGGAAGACCAAUGGCAAUAUUUGAGAGACCUUUCGGAUAUAGACACAAACUCGAUGACACACAGGCGAUAAUUUGCGUAAUUGAGACAGCACAGGAAGUGAACGGCCACACGGAGUAUUUAUUGCGAGUGCAGCGUGGAGCAAAUAAAGAAAAUUGUUGGAAGAUUUUGCGUCGCUACAAUGAUUUCGCUGAGUUGCACAAAUGCCUCUGCAUAUCAGGUAUCGAUCUGCCCAUGCCAGGCAAACGGCUUUUCGGUAAUAUGCGGCCAGACUUCAUAGCUGAAAGAAGACAAGCAUUACAGAUUUACAUAAAUACAGUACUAAUGAAUCCCAUUUUGGCAUCGUCAUUGCCGGCCAAACGGUUCGUCGAUCCGGACAGUUACUCGCAAUCCUUUCAUGAUCAAGCAGUGCAAAAUGCCAUGCUAUGUUUACGCAGCGAGGGUAUAUGGACAUUGGGUACCACAAUUGGUCCAAUAGGUUGGCGUCUACGAAAACAUUACUUCAAAGUAUCACCAAAGCCACCGGAAAAGACUGGAAACAAGUUACUCGUGAAAAGUGGCUCACAAACACAUCAAGGAAAACAUUUUGCCUCAUCGAGCAGUAAUGGUGGCGGGGGUGGUAGCAGUAGUGGAUCAAUAGAUGGUGGCAGUUUAGAUCCUUCUGAGUUAGUUUUAGAAUGGAUCGAAUACGGACCCGACAAAUAUAUAGACGAAAAGGAAAUGAGUGGCAUACUAAAAAGUCUAUUGGGUUUACAACAUCCACAUAUCGAGCCAAUCGUGUACGCGGCACACAACGAGAAUGGCUGUAUAGCUGUGCGUAGAUUUUACAAACAAGGCACACUGAAAGAUAUACUUUGUAUGGCAACGCCAAAAAAUCCAUUCCUCAGUAAGUACGGCAAUCCUAAGGGCAGAACGGCACUCACAAUGAAACAAGUCGCGAUCUAUGGACGUCAAAUACUGGAGGCUUUAAUAUUUAUACAUUCAAAAGGAUAUCCAUACGGUCACUUACAUGCUGGCAAUAUUGUGAUUGUUGAUGAUUGCGUUAAAUUAUUGGACAUCGAGAAUUACGUUUUAGGUGUACCCGCAUUCUAUCGACCUUUCUUUGUGCAGCACAGUAAAAUCCACUCAGUGGAAGCUAUAGAUGUAUACAGCUUUGGGCAUGUGCUGUUCGAAAUGGCAAUGGGCUAUCCACUACAGGAAUCGGUAGUGCGUCAAAUUAACGAAUGCCCCGAAUCUUUAAAGAACCUAUUGGAGAGUAUAUUGUCAAAAGAGGCAGUUAGAGCUGGUUUACCAUCACUACAGCAACUCAUCAGCCAUCAGUUCUUUGCGCAACAUGCUAGUAGUGCAGCUGGCGGUUUUAGUUGUUGUAAUGAAGAUUCACGAAGAACGCAUUUUAAAUUGUCGCUUAACGCAAAGGAAUUUUUAAAGCAAGCUGCGCUAAAAGCUGAGCAAAGACUGCGGGAAGAACAAAAAUCAGUUAAAAAUCAAAAGCGCAUUGUGCGAGUGCAGGAGAUGAUGAGCUCCGAGGAGGAGAAACGAAAAUCGAAACAAAGAGCGAAACUUGAGCAUAAACAGUCAAAACUGAAACAACAAGGAUCAUUGCAAGCGGGCAAUGGGCGUUUGUCACUUUCCGCAGCUAGUGGAUCUGCAGCGCUUAGCACAUUUGUUGGUGGUGUGGCACCAUUCGAGCGCACGGACAGCGUAUUAAGUAUGCAUAUGCCAAAGGAGGUAAAUACAGCGCACUCUUCUUCCAACACGGACAUAAAAUCACCACCACCUACACCGUUUGUGCAACAAUAUACAGCAGAACAGCAGCAGGAGCAGCAACAUUCUGCCACAAAGCAAAUCACAUUCUUGGCAAAUGUCGAACGGCAAGCAUCAACACCAAAUAUUUCCACAGACACCGAGCAAAGCGGUGAUCCAACACGCUCGGCACUCUUAGAGUCGAUUUGUAAAUUCAAUCGUGGCUCUUUGCGUAAAGUGCGCUCCAAUGACUAGAAAUAAGUAAACAAAUUAUUUAGUAUAUAGCAUAUACAGGAUUAGACAACUAUAACUAUGUAUGUUAUAUAGAGUGGUGAAAAGGAUAGCAGCCAACUGUUCCUCUUCAUAUUGUUUCAUGCACAAUAAUUCCAGCCAAAUUCAAUCACCACCUCCAGAAUAAAAGCUUUUAUAAUAUAAACACACUUUCUAAAAGUCAGCGUCUAAAUUUAAUAUUAAAUAAAUAUAGUAAUAGAAAGUAAACGAUAACAUAUAGAAUUUUACAUGUACUAAUAUCGAUGUUAACGUACAUAUAUGUAUUUAAACUAAAGUAAAAUAAUGCUAUUCAGCAUUCAUCACCUGUUUAAUGUCAUAAAACUACACUGUACUUCACCAAAUAUGUAAACAAAAUAGAGAUUAAUAAUAGAGGAAUUCGUAUAUAUAUAUAAACUAUACAUAUGUAUGUACAUUAAGUGUGGUGUUGUGUUUGUAAACGAAGCGUACAUCUACGCUUUUUACAUAUUUGUCACAAUUAAUCAACAGCCAUAGAAAAAUAUGUAUUAAGUAUUAGUGAUUUGUUUUUCUUUUCUUUCAACUUUUUAAUUAAAAUAAUGUUUAAUGAAAGCACAAUAAAUAUUUGUGUUCAGAUUUUCUUUGUGAAACUCGAUGUAUUGAUUUUAAUUGAUACUUUGAAAGACUUUUUAAAAAAAUUUCAGUUGAAAUGCUUUUUUACUUAAAUUUAAAAAAUCAUUUCAAAAAUAGUAUUUGUGUUUAAAAUAUUCCUCGAAAUAGUGCAAAAUUUGCAUUUUUUUUAGAAAAAUGUUUGUUAAAUAUGAUUUGUAUAUUCUUCUGAAACCAGCUUUAUUAUUUGUAAUCUUAAGUAUAAUUUUCUCGAAACUGAAACCGAAAUUUGUACAUACAUACAUUUAUAUACCAUAAUAGCAGAAAACACAGUUCCUUUAUAAACAACAAAUUUUUGAAACAACAAAAUGUGUAUUAUUUUCUUUUCUACCCAUUCAAAUACGCAGAUUUUUCAUAACGAAUUUCAUUAUUGGUCAAAUUAGUGCAGCCAUUUUAUUUGUGUUCACCAACGAUUGUUAAUUUUAAAAGUGUUGCCUGCUUUUAGGCGCUCUUCCGCCAAUUUAAACAGUUUUUCAUAGCAGAGAAAGUAAUUAAUUAAUUAACGUUCUCUGCGGAAACCUCGAAUUCGAAUAUAUGUAUGUAAGUUCGAAAAUUCGUUAUUUAAAAAUAUUUAUUUUGCAUAAUUCAAUGAGGAAAUAGACUCGAUUUUAUUAAAAAUAUGUUUUUCUUUCACUUACUUUUUAACCAUUUAAAAGACCGAAAUCACUUAAAUUUCUACAUUUUCUUUAAAUAAUGUUUCAGAAAUUUACCAUACAUGAGCACAAUUUUACCAUAAUAAUAUAAACUAUUAUAAUAAACUAAUAACUUCGAAAAUCAAAAAUAUUCACCACAUAUUAGGCGUACUAGCUGUCGCUCUUUAGAAGCAUCUCUCACUACUCACCACGACACCUGUAACGCAAACCUAUUAAGUAAAUUUAUAUAUAAAGUAGAAAUAUGACGAAUAAGCACUAAAAACGCACCUUAGUAUACAUAAUAUUUAUUCACAUACAAAUAUAAAAAAAUCUUUAAAAUCUAAUCAACGUGCACAAAAUAUUCAACUAAAAUGGUUUUGAUAUUAUUUUUCAAAUCAAACUCCUCAAAAAUAAAUAUCUCUUGAAUAUCUUACAAAAAUAUACCAUCGUGAUAUGAAUUAAAUUUGUAUGCUAUACUAAUACAUAUUUAUGCAAAUAUGUCUACAAAAUUAAAAAUUAAAUUAAGUGAAAUUUACAACUAUUACUCAGUGCUUUUAGCCCCAAAUUAUAUUUCCAUAAAACAAUUUUAUGGGAUUGUGACAUUUGAAACGAAGAUUACACUAAGCAACGUUAUAUGUUUUUGUGUAUAUUAAUUAUUUGGGAACUCAAUUUAAUUAUUUCUAAUGUAUUAUUAUGAUUGCAAGUAUUUUUAUUAGUAUUUAAAUAUAUUAUUUCUUUUUUAUGAUUACUUCCAAUUACAGAUGUGUAGAGCUCACUGAUUAUAAUAUUUAUAUAUUUAUUGCUAUAUAAAUAAUAUUGGAAGUAACAUGUAUAUAUUUUCACCAUACACAUUCUAACAUUGAUUAAAAGUUCUUGAAAUUUCUUUAACAAAUUUUGUAAAAAAAAUAUUUGUUUUCAAUUUCGAUUCGAUUAUGUUCCUCGGAACAGAAAAAAUUUGAUUCCUACUUUAAAGCUAAAAAGCACAAGAGUUUCCACCUCGAAUUGCUUAGAAAACAGAGCUAAACUGGCAAACAAGACAUACCGAAUCCGAUUGUUUUUACCGCAUUAAAUGGAAAAAGAUAUUUCAAAUUAUAAACAUUUUUAUAAUUACGAUGUUUAUGAUACCCAAAAGUAAACGUCGAUGACGCCAUAAAGUAUAUACACAUAUGUAUAUAUGUAUAAACGAUUAGCGUGACGAGCAGAGUCCGCCUGCAUGAACUGCACGUGAACUUAUUGAGAUAUCAAUCUCAAAUUUUGCACACGUCCUUUUCUCCUAAAGAUAUGUUUACCCUCAUACUCUCUAAAAAAUACACCUGUGAAGGGUAUAUAGCUUCGGUGCAGCCCAAGUAAACGUUUUUUCUUGUUUUUUUAUAUUUAUUUAAUAAUUAUUAUUAAUUUUUUUCUUAUGUAUUGUAUAAUAAAAUUUUAAUAUCUGAUGGUUAAAAAAACACAAAAUAUUUUGUUUUCAGUUCAAAUUUUUAUCUUUAAUGCAAAUAACAGAACUGAUUUUUGAUAAUACUCUAAAAGUGUAAAUGAAAUGAAUUACAUUUGCUAAUUCUUUAUUUAUUUCGAAGUAAUGCAUAUAUUAUAAAUCCAACUAUUUACAAGUCCAAUUCAGUGUUGGCGCAAUUAUAUGUAUGUAUAUCUAAGUAAUUAUUAUGUAAGUGUGUGUGUGUAUAUGUUUCUGUAUUACUGCAUCUAAAUGUCGACAUUAGUAGAAAAAUUAUAACUUAUUUUUUUAAGACAAAAUGUGUGUGUCAAAACUCUAUAUACAUUUAUAUAUGCAUUUUUAACGUAUUUUUUAUUUAUUUUCAUUAAUUCCAAAUUUCACAGAAACCUAUGUAUUGUAUUUAAAUUUAAUAAUUUGUUAUCAACACAGAGCUUAACUUAUGAUUUUGUAAUAUAUUGAGGCUUAUUUCUCUACGUACCGGUCAAGUGCUGUUACUUCAGCAUUGUGAACAGAGUUUCAUGCUGCUACAACAACAACAACGACCUAAUUUAGUCCGUUGCAUCACCAAUCAAAAAGCAGUAUUGAGGUCUAUAUAACCGGCACGGACCUGCAUUUUUAUUUGGCCGCUGUAGCAUUGCAAAAAGUACAAGUAUUUACAAGUACAACAACAAAAACAAAUGGCGAACUUUACAUUUCAGUGAGUUUUCUGUUCUCUUCUGAUGCCGUUCAAUAUAAUUUUAUUCAUUCAAGCUUAUUUGUGGAAUCAAUUAUCGUUUUGUAAAAAAUAUGAUUAUUUAUAUAAAUAUUGUAUAUUUAUUUUUUUAUGGCAAAUUAAAAAUUGUAAAAUUUUAAUAUAUAUUUUUUAUGCCAAAUUAAGAAUUGUAACCGAAAAACUUUCGUAAAACAAUGCAAUUAGCUUAUAAAAAUAUAUACCUACUACUAUCAAUAAUUACAAUCACUAUUCUCAAUCGUUCAAUCAACACAUUUCAGUUCACCAAUGUGCCAACACUGUCAAAAUCUAUGUAUGUAUAUGUAUGUGUCGAUUAUCCCGAACAAUCACAAUCAGAUAACUUUCUUUACCAGUUCGGUAUGCACUUAUAAAUUACUACUAAUUAUAAUAAUUACAUGUAUGUAUAUGUGUGUGUUUUAGCAUAUAUGUAUGUAUAUCCUUAAAUACAAGUCUUAUACUUCAAAUUAACUAGUGAUAAAUAAUAACAUAUUAAAGUAUAUGAAAUAUGAAAAUAUACAUAAAAGUAAAUUUAGGUAUUUACAUAGAUUAGCAUUAAUGUGUACGUAUGCAUACAUACAUAUAUUGAAAUUAAGUAACAGUAAAUGUGUAUAGUAAAAUAUUGUGUACUAGUAUUUAAUUUUCGCAAAUGAGUACUAAGUACUAAGAGCUUUAUUAUACUCGUACAUAUGUAUGUUUGUAUGUAAGCAAAUUGCUAUAUAUAUAUGUAUAUGUAUUUGUAAUGAUGAUGGCGAAUUAUGUAGCUGAGGUUGACGAAGCCAAGCGCGUGGUUGUUUACAAAUAAAAACUUAUUUUUAAUUUUAUUUUUAUACUUAUAUACAUACAAACAAAUAUUUUCGUAAUUGUUGUAUUGUUGUAAUAGUAUUAAAAUUGUUUUGAUUGUCCCUUUGUAAUAAGUAUUUAUAUAUGUAUGUAAGUAUGUAAGUGCGUAAACUUCUAUAUCUAUGUGUUUGUACUUUAUACCUGAAAUCAUCAAUUUGAAUAAGUCUUAUGUCGUAUUAUAAUUAAAUUUAUGUAUGUAGCAGAUAUGUACAUACAUACAUACAUAUACAUAUAUAAUUGCAAAUAGUAUAUUUAGCAUAUAUAUAUAUACUCACAUAAAUAAUAUUUCUACAAAUGUGUCGUAAAUGGAUUCUUGACUGUGUAUAUGUAUACUAUAUAAAAAUAAAUCAAAUAAAAAAUAUUGCAACACACAAAUAAUUAGAUUUAAUAUAUAGCUUUUCAAGUUUAUCAAAUUUUAUAUAAAAGUGAAGUUAAUGUGAAAUUGGUAUAGAAUUUUAAUUCUAUCGGAAACUAUUAACAGUAAUUUAUACUAAAUAAUAACUUUGGUUUAAUUAGAUCGAGUUGGAAUACGAGUAUAUUACAUAGAUAUUAUAUUGUGGGGUUACGGCUAGUAGUCUGGGAUUUUCAAAAAAUAAUUUAAAAUAUAUAUUAUAAUGAUCCUAAAACCAUUAUUCAGUUAGUAGAAUAAAACCAAAGUUUUCUCUGACCACUCCGAGGGUGUGUCGGAAGCGUUCCACUGCCGCAAAGUCUCUUUGUAUGUAUGGCAGAGAUAUAUGCUAGUCCAUACCCCUGCGCACAUCCUCGCAAUUUGAGCAACUCUUGUGGUAAAGAGAGAAAUAAACUGAAGUUUAUAAAUAAAUGUUUCAUAAAUCAGUAAAAUAUUUGUAAAAGCAUUCUUCAACACUAAUUUGAGCACAAACUACUGGCAACUUCUAAUGAAAUUGCUUUUAUUGUUUAUUUUUCUCCUAUUUUGAUAUUUUUGUCUUUGGAAAACAAAACUUUUUCCAGCAUUAACUUCAAUAUAGUUUUAAUAUUUGAAUUUAUCUUUGAAUAUUCUAAUAUAUCGUACUUUUUUUGGACAUUAUGGAUGUUGGCGGAGAGCGACGUGGUUCCCUCAAAUCGGCGACUGGACGGAGAAUAAGUGCGGCAUUUACAGUUCCUCAAUCGCGGCCAGUUUUGAAAUAUCUACCCACGUAUCGUCUGGAUCCGAAGUAUCCGCUAAAUAAAGAGGUAUGCGAGAAAAUUAUGCGCGCCGUGAUGGACAAUGCAUUCGAAAAUUUUAUGUAUUCACCCAAAACGUCACUAACAUUGUGUGCUCAAAUCAGCGAAGAGAUUAAGAAUCGCAUUAAAGCGCAACACUUUGAUCGUUACCGUUACAUUUGUGUCGUAACCAUUGGUGAAAAGGUAAUGCAAGGAUACUGUUCGCUAGUCAAUUUUCUUUGGGAUGCAGAAAAAGAUGGUUACAUUUCCUACGUUCAUGAUACCCCAAAAUAUUUCGGUAUCGCCACACUUUACUACCUUUAUUAUGAUUAGCUUCAAUUCAAAAUGGCUUUAAAGAAAUUUCAUGCAUAUAUUAGAUAAAUGUUAUUAUUGAGAAAUAAAAAAUUAUGUUUGCAAAUCUUGAUAUCAAAA